CUUCGCAUAGCAGCACUGCUGGCUUCGGCAUCUCCGAACACAUUCAGCGUGCAAGACGACCUGCUUGCCUUUCCACAAUACGACGUCAAAUUCCUUGAUGACUGGAUCGGCGAACAAGAAGCGCAAUCUCGAUUAGCGGGCAAUCGUCGACAACCGGAAGAAGCGCAGCAAGACGUGCAGCAAUAUCAAAAGCCGCUUGCAACAGGCGAAGAUGCACGCUCGGAGGAACCAGAAGAGGCAGAGUAUGAGCGAAUGAUAAUCGACGGUCAGCCAUGGCUCUGUCGAAUACCUCUGGUCAAAAAGCUUGAACCGAGCGCGGGUGUCAACGACACAUUGUCCAGGGCCGAAGAAGAAAAGGAGCUCGCCCGCGCGAACGAGCGAGGAUGGGAACUGAUCUCAGCUAUGCAAGGCAACUGUGUCUACUUCAUCAGUGGUUGGUGGAGCUAUCAAUUUUGCCACAACCAAGGCGUCAGGCAAUUCCAUCAGCUGCCUCCGAGUCGUGGUGUGCCUGUGUAUCCACCAAUCGAGGAUCCCGGCGUCCCAGGCUACAUGCUGGGAACAUAUGAAAAGCGCAUAGAUGACGAUGAUACUACGAACGAGGAGAAGUGGGAUCAAAGCGCGCUGGAUGUGAGUGAAGGGGCCAAGCGAAGGUAUAGCAAGCAUGGUGUGCUGGUGCAGCGGGGCGAGAGCAGGUAUCUGGUGCAGAAGCUUGGCGGAGGCACAAUCUGCGACAUUACUGGCAAAGAGAGGAAAAUCGAAAUACAGUUCCACUGCAAUCCUCAAUCCUCGGACCGCAUCUCCUUGAUCAAAGAGACUAGCACAUGUGCCUACCUCAUGGUCAUCCAAACACCACGUCUGUGCAAUGAUGUAGCAUUUCUGCCCCCACAGAAAGAUCAAGCCAACACCAUCACAUGCUCUCCGAUCCUCAAAGAUGACCAGAUCGAAGACUACGAGCGCAACCUGAAAGCCUUGAUCUCUGCUGAGCAGGAAGCAAAGCUAUGGGAAGCCACUCAAGAAGCUGCAGCAGCUUUGGGUGACGAUGCUGCUGCUCAAGAAUUGGAACCUAUGGUUGGUGAUAUCUUUGUUGGAGAACGUCGGCUAGUGCCAGACGGCAUUAAGCUGGAGAAGGGCAUUAUCGUCGGAGGAGGAAAGGAAACAUACGUGGAUACUGUUGCCUCUUCGGACGGACGCCUGCUUACCAAGGAAGAAAUGGAGCAGCUUGGUCUUGGCGACCCAAAGGCAAUCGAGAAGUUAAGAAAGGAACUCGAGAAUAUCGCCCAGGGACAAGACUGGAAGCUCGAUGUGAUUGAUACGCCAAGGGGGCGAGAAUAUCGGGGCAUAAUCGGCGAUGACGAUGAGUAUGAGGUCGAACAA